AUGCGGGGCGAUUUCUGCUCCUUCUGCACCCUAGCAGGUGUGUUCAUUGAAAGGGAGGGGGGGGGGAGGAGUGAAUUGUUAUCAGAACUUCCAUCUCUCUGCCUUGGCGGUGCUACUUCGCACCAGGAGUAUGAGCGCGUAUUAUGCUCACCUGAGGGGAAUAGGAACGCGUCAACCAACCAGAGAGUUUCCUACACAGUGAGAGCACAGCUAAAACACCGAUUAGCGCUCACCACAAGAAAAGUCAUCGACUCUCUUUUACGCUGGGUCUCUGUUCCUCCUGUCAGUUACCAACGGCAUUGGGCUUCUCUCUUUUCUGGGCGUUUUAGCCCUUUACUUCUGGCUUAA